GCCCUGCGAUGCCCACGCCCAACACCUCUGCCCCCCUGCCCGCUUUCUGGGUCAACGCCUCUGGAGGCAGCAUGCUGAGUGCUGCUGAUGCCACGAUGCCUGUUGGAUUCCUAGCCCUGAGGGUCUCAGUGGCCCUGGCCUAUGGGCUUGUGGGGGCUGUCGGCUUGCUGGGAAAUUUGGCCGUGCUGUGGGUGCUGGGUAAAUGUGCUCGGCGAGCCCCUUGCCCACCUUCUGACACUUUUGUCUUCAAUCUGGCUCUGGCAGACCUGGGGCUGGCACUCACCCUCCCCUUCUGGGCAGCCGAGUCGGCACUGGACUUCCACUGGCCCUUCGGAGGUGCCCUCUGCAAGAUAGUCCUAACGGCCACCGUCCUCAACAUCUACGCCAGCAUCUUCUUCAUCACAGCAUUGAGUGUCGCCCGGUACUGGGUGGUGGCCCUGGCUGCAGGACCAGGCACACACCUCUCACUCUUCUGGGCCCGCGUGGCCGCCCUGGCCACGUGGGUGGCGGCUGCUCUGGUGACGGUGCCCACAGCUGUCUUUGGGGCCGAGGGCGAGGUGAGUGGCGUGCGCCUGUGCCUGCUGCGUUUCCCCAGCAGGUAUUGGCUGGGGGCCUACCAGCUCCAGAGGGUGGUCCUGGCCUUCAUGGUGCCACUGGGCAUCAUCACCACCAGCUACCUGCUGUUGCUGGCCUUCCUGCGGCGACGGCACCGGCGAUGGCGGGACAGCAGGGGCGUGGCCCACUCCAUCCGCAUCCUUCUGGCCUCCUUCUUCCUCUGCUGGUCCCCCAACCAUGUGGUCACCCUCUGGGGUGUCCUGGUGAAGUUUGAGCUGGUGCCCUGGGACAGCACUUUCUACACUGUCCACACCUAUGUCUCUCCCGUCACCACCUGCCUGGCGCACGCCAACAGCUGCCUCAACCCUGUGCUGUACUGCCUUCUCAGGCGGGAGCCCCGGCAGGCCCUGGCAGACGCCUUCAGGGAGCUGCGAGCAAGGCUGCAGCCCCAGGGUCGGGGCUGGGUGGAACAGGUGGCCCUAAAGGAAAUGGGCAGGCGGUGGAUGGAGAGCACCCCUCAGGAGGGUGGCCUUUGUACCAUGCUCACCAACCUGGACAAAGGGACACCUGGGUGAAGGGAGCAAGUUAAACCCCCUCCUCUUUCUGGUUAUCUGCCAAGUGCAGGAUCCAUGCAUCCUAGGGAAAGAGAGGUUGGCCUC